GCGCCGUCCCUUCAUGGCGGCCUCUUUCUCCGCGAGACUCCUGCUACGCUGCUCUCGUGCGCGCCUCGCGCCGCCGCUCUAGGCCCCUCAGGGGCGAGGAGAGGGAGGGCGCCCAAGAUGGCCGCCCCGCCGCCGGGCCUCCUGUUGUUGCUGCUGCUCCUGGCGCUGGGGGAGGGCGGCCCGGGGCUGCCUCUCGGCUGCAAGCAGGACGGCCCCGGAGGGCGGCCCCGGAGCGGCAAGGCGGGCCCUCUGCCCCCCAGCGAAGCAGGAGGAGGAGGAGGAAAGGUGGUCUGCAGCAGCCUGGACUUGGCCCAAGUCCUGGCCCCCGGAUCCCUGCCCAACGGGACGGUCGCCCUGAUUCUGAGCAACAAUAAGAUAUCAGGAUUGAAGAAUGGUUCUUUUUCUGGAUUAAGUCUUCUUGAACGAUUGGAUCUCAAGAACAAUCUUAUUAGUGUUAUAGAUCCGGGAGCUUUUAUGGGACUGACAUCUCUAAAAAGACUAGAUUUGGCAAACAACCAAAUAGGAUGCCUGAAUGUGGAUAUGUUUAAAGGACUUGCUAAUCUGGUCAGAUUAAAUCUUUCAGGAAAUCUGUUUUCAUCACUUGCACAAGGAACAUUUGAUCAUCUUACUUCACUGAAGUCACUAGAAUUCCAGACUGAUUACUUGCUAUGUGAUUGUAACAUGUUGUGGAUGCAGCAGUGGGUGCAAGAAAGAAAUAUAACUGUUCGUGACACCAGAUGUGCUUACCCAAAAUCGUUGCAGGCCCAACCCAUUUUGGGUGUUAAACAGGGGCUUCUAACAUGUGGUCCGCCUCUAGAGCUACCAUCUUUCUACAUGACUCCUUCUCAUCGUCAGGUUGUGUUUGAAGGAGACAGCCUCCCUUUCCAAUGCAUGGCUUCAUAUAUUGAUCAGGACAUGCAGGUUCUGUGGUAUCAAGAUGGGAAGAUAGUUGAAACAGAUGAAUCCCAGGGUAUUUUUAUUGAAAAAAGCAUGAUUCAUAACUGCUCACUCAUUGCAAGUGCCCUGACCAUCUCAAAUAUUCAGGCUGGAUCUACUGGAAACUGGGGGUGUCAUGUGCAUACCAGACGGGGGAACAAUUCAAGGACCGUUGACAUUGUGGUAUUGAACAGCUCAGCACAGUACUGCCCGCCGGAAAGGGUUGUCAACAAUAAAGGCGACUUCAGGUGGCCCCGAACAUUGGCAGGCAUUACUGCGUACUUGCUGUGCACUCGUUACUCAGCUGGCAGUGGAAUAUAUCCUGGCAACUCUCAGGAUGAGAAGAGAGCUUGGCGCAGAUGUGAUAGGGGAGGAUUCUGGGCUGAAGAGGAUUAUUCUCGUUGCCAAUAUGCAAAUGAUGCCACUCGAGUCCUGUAUAUGUUUAAUCAGAUGCCACUGAAUCUCACAAAUGCUGUAGCCACAGCUCGACAACUACUAGCUUACACUGUUGAAGCAGCAAACUUUUCUGACAAAAUGGAUGUAAUAUUUGUGGCUGAAAUGAUAGAAAAAUUUGGAAGAUUUGCUGAGAAAUACAAAGAGCUUGGCGACGUGAUGGUUGAUAUUGCAAGUAAUAUAAUUCUUGCUGAUGAACACAUCUUGUGGAUGGCACAAAGAGAAGCUAAAGCGUGCACUAGAAUUGUACAGUGUUUGCAAAGGAUUGCUACGUACCGGCUAGCAAAUGGUGCUCAAGUUUACUCAACAUAUUCUCCCAAUAUUGCUGUAGAAGCCUAUGUAAUUAAGAGUUCUGGCUUCACCGGGAUGACCUGCACUGUAUUCCAAAAAGUGGCUGCAGCAGACCGUAUAGGAAUUCCUGACUAUGGGCGAAGGGAUUUGGAUGGAGGCCUUGAUAAACAGCUAGGCUUUAAGUGCAAUGUUUCAAAUACAUUGUCAAGUCUGGCACUUAAGAACACAAUUGUAGAAGCCUCCAUACAGCUCCCACCUGCUCUUUUUCCAAAAAAGCACAAAAGAGAAAUCAAGCCUGUAGAUGACACUUCCUACAAACUUCAACUUAUUGCAUUCCGUAAUGGAAAACUUUUCCCAACAACAGGGAAUUCAACAACUUUAGCUUCUGAAUCCAAACGCCUUAGUGUGGUCACACCAGUUAUCCUCACCAAAAUAGAUGGCUUAACCGUAGCCCAUCAGGACAUUCCUAUUAAUGUGACGUUGCGUCGAAUUGCAAACGGAGCACAUGCUGUUGCAGUCCAAUGGGACUUUGAUUUACUGAAUGGACAAGGAGGAUGGAAAUCAGAUGGAUGUCAGAUUCUUUCUUCAGAUGAAAAUGUUACAACUAUACAGUGCUACUCACUCAGUAAUUAUGCUGUCUUGAUGGACUUAUCUGGACACAUCCAGUCACUUGACAGUCUACACCCAGUUAUCUAUGUGUCUGCUGUGGUUCUGCUGAUAUGCCUUUUGGUGAUAAAAGUUAGCUAUAUCUAUCAUCACAGUGUCAUCAAAAUCAGUCUGAAAAGUUGGCACAUGUUAGUUAAUCUGAGCUUUCAUAUUUUCCUGACAUGCGUGAUGUUUAUUGGAGGCAUAACCCAGAGCAAGAAUGCUAGCAUCUGCCAAGCAGUUGGGAUAAUCCUGCACUAUUCUACUCUUGCCUCAUUACUGUGGAUGGGAGUCACAUCUAGGAACAUUUAUAAACAAGUCACUAAGAAGUCAAAAAGAUGUCAAGAUCCUGAUGAACCGCCACCACCUCCUAGACCAAUGCUUAGGUUCUACCUAAUUGGUGGAGGGAUUCCCAUCAUAGUUUGUGGGAUAACAGCUGCUGCAAAUAUAAGGAAUUAUGGGAGCAGACCUCACUCAGCCUAUUGUUGGAUGACCUGGGAACCAAGUUUGGGGGCAUUCUAUGGACCUGCUGGCUUCAUUAUUUUCAUAAACUGCAUGUAUUUUCUCAGUAUAUUUAUACAACUGAAGAGGCACCCUGAGCGUAAGUUUGAGCUCAAAGAGCCAACAGAGGAGCAACAGCGUUUAGCAUCCAAUGAACAUGGCACUCUGAACCAUCAGGAUUCAAUGUCUGUAUCCCUCGUUUCCACCUCAGCUUUGGAGAAUGAGCACAGUUUCCAUACUCAGCUUCUGGGUGUGAGCCUCACUUUAUUUCUGUAUGUGACACUGUGGAUUUUGGGAGCCUUUUCUGUUUCUUUCUCUUACCCAUUGGAUUUGGUAUUUAGCUGCUUUUUUGCAGCCAUAUGCUUAAGCCUCAGUGGUUUUCUAUUAACACAUCAUUGCAUUAAUAGAGAAGACGUCAAACAUGCUUGGAUGACAGCUUGCUGCCCUGGAAGGAGCACGUACUCGGUACAAGUUAAUAUUCAGCCUUCGUCCAGUGCAAGUGGGGCAAAUGGAGAAUCUGCCAAGUGCACCAAUAGCAGUGCAGAGUCAUCUUGCACUAACAAGAGUGUAUCUAGCUUAAAAAAUUCUUCUCAGGCUUGCAAACUGACCAACAUACAGGCUGCGGCAGCUCAGUGUCCACCAGCCUCCUUGGCACCAAACACUGGUGCCACCCUUGAUAAUAGCCUGACUGAACACUCAGUAGACAAUGAGAUCAAAAUGCAUGUGGCCCCUUUAGAGGUGCCUUUACGGACAAAUGGGCACCCUGGUCGCCACCAUAAAAACAGGAGUAAAGGACACCGUGCCAGCAGACUGGCAGUCUUGCGGGAGUAUGCCUAUGACGUCCCCACCAGCGUAGAAGGAAGCAUCCAAAAUGGUUUACCUAAAAGCCGUCAGAGUGUCAGCGAAGGCCAUUCAAGGAGCCGAAGAGCUUAUCUGGCCUAUAGGGAACGGCAGUACACGCAGUCCCAACAAGACAGCAGUGAUGCUUGCAGCAAUCUUCAAAAAGGACACUGGAAUACCGAAAAGCCAGUGCCCACAAACCUCAAAAAGGAUGUGCUGAGGAAACCAAUUGUGGAGGACCUGGAAGGGCAGCAGAAGUCCUAUGGCUUAAAUUUAGCUGUCCAGAACGGACCAUUGAAAAACAACACCCAGGAGGGGACGUUACUGAGUGCCGACAGCACAGGCAAUAUCCGGACUGGGUUAUGGAAACAUGAAACUACUGUGUAGUAUUAGUGGGCCUCCUUGAAAGCAAUGAAAAGGAACAUUCCUUUAAUGCUAUGAACAUUUCCCCAGUUUACAUAUGUGGGUACUUUGAACUGGCUUGGGAGUGUAUUAGACAAGGGAAAUGUAACAUGUGAACAUAUUUUAUACUUUUUUAAAGUAUAUUUGUGCCAUUUUUACAAAGACUUGUUCUCUUUUGUGAAUCUGCCAAUAUCAGUUUUCCAAUUUUAAAUGGAAAAUUGGACACUUAUUUUUUUUACAUGUAAUAUUUCCUUUCUUGCGGUACGUCCAACACAUUUCACUUUCAUAUUUAAAUAUGUAAAAUAAAUAAUUUUCUCUACAUUA